AUGUUCCCCUUCUCCCCGCAGAGGCCGUUUGCCUGUGAGUACGUGGGCUGUGGAAAAGCCUUCAUCAGGGAGUGCCACCUGAGCCGCCACAGCCUGACGCACACCAGAGAGAGGCCGUUCCUCUGUGAGGCCCAGGGCUGCGACCAGAAAUUCACCACCAAGUCGAACUUGAAGAGGCACGUGGAGCGCAAACAUGAGAACCAGCAGAGGCAGUACGCGUGUGAAUUUGAAGGCUGUGAGAAGACCUUUAAGAAGCACCAGCAGCUGAAAGCCCAUCAGUGCCAGCACACCGGCGAACCGCUGUUCAGGUGUAACCAUGAAGGAUGCGGGAAGCACUUUGCAUCACCCAGCAGGCUGAAGAGACAUGAGAAGGUCCACGGGGGCUACCUAUGUCAAAAGGGAUGUUCCUUUGUGGCAAAGACAUGGACGGAGCUCCUGAAACACGUGCGCGAAAGCCAUCCAGAGGAAAUCAGGUGUGAGAUAUGCCAGAAGACAUUCAAACGCAAAGACCACCUCAAGCAGCACACGAAGACUCACGCCCCGGAAACACUCGUGUGCCGGUGCCCGCGGGAAGGCUGUGGGCGCACUUACACCACCGUGUUCAACCUCCAGAGCCACAUCCUCUCCUUCCAUGAGGAGCAGCGCCCGUUUCUGUGCCAACACGCCGGCUGUGGCAGAACGUUUGCCAUGAAGCAAAGCCUCAGCAGGCACGCGGUUGUCCACGAUCCCGACAGGAAGAAAAUGAAGGUUAAAGUAAGACCCUCUAGGAAACGGAGCUUGGCCUCUCGCCUCAGCGGCUACAUCCCUCCCAGAAAGAAACAGGAGGGGGGCUCGUCCAUGUCCAGCAGUGAGGAGUCGGGGCUGCGGAGCCAGGUGGAAGGACAAGUGCUCUCGACGGUGGCGGUCCUGGCCCUUGGUUAAAGUUCUCCUGGCCUGAGCAGAGGGCAGACCAGGGAUUUCUCAGAAGCACAUCUGUCUUUAUUAAAGUCACUGGUGCAGAACA